ACAAACGAUCUCAAUUUUUCUCUACUAGAGAUGGCAAAAGAAACAGACUCUCGGACGAAGAAUGUCCCUGUCUCUACAGGAAUGAGUUUGCGCAUUAUUUACCUGACAGCCUACAACUUUCUAUUUGCUGCGUUAUGGGCUUCGGUAUUCAUACAAACAAUAUCAUAUGCGUCGCUAGGUAAAUCCAAACUUUUCGCUGCCACAGAGCCUCUAGCUCGCUGGAUCCAGACCGCAUCACUUGUCGAGGUUCUCCAUGCUGCAUUUGGAAUCAUCAAAUCCCCAGUCAGUACUACUUUCAUCCAGAUCGCUACGCGAGCGAUCCAAGUAUGGCUGAUCUGGCAUACGUUCCCCGAGAGUACAGCGUCUUCUGAUGCGUAUUUCCUACUCUUGCUUGCUUGGUCCGUUGCCGACACGAUAAGAUAUCUUUACCUGGCGCUGAACCUCCAUGGGCGUGCCCCUCGAGGCCUUGUAUGGACGCGCUAUACUAUGUUCUACAUCUUGUACCCGAUUGGAAUCGGUGCUGAAUGGUGGCUAUUCUACCUGGCCAUCGAGCCAGGUCGAGAGCUAAGCGCGGUCAUUCCGCCUGUCUUCUACUUUCUGUUAGCGCUCUACGUUCCGGGCGCUUACACAAUGUACAUGUAUAUGAUGAAACAGAGGAGAAAGGUCUUGGGGCGGGCCUAAUGCGGGUGCCGAGUUGAGGCUUCAGCAGUGACGAGCUUUUCAGCAGUUGGAUACGGCAAUCAGAUUGUCGAUGAUUCCCAAUGAAACUCGCAGAUUCUCGAAUGGAAUAUUGAGGCCUUCGUGUUGGGGAUCGUUCUGCUAC